AUGUCAUCUCCAGCUGUCUCAAUACCAACCGCCACUGGCGCAAAUAUGGCAGCGGACCUUAAACCUGCUGGUUCUGCUGCGAAAGCUGUAAAGCCAUGCUGCGUAUGCACAGACGAGAAAGCCAGCCGCGACGAAUGCAUGCUAUUCAGCAACGCAAAGGACCCCCAGAAGGACUGCGCGAGUACGAUCGAUAAAUACAAGAGUUGCAUGGCGGGCUUUGGAUUCAACUUGCCUUAG